AUAAGUGUGCGUGACUGUGAAGGGGAGACUCGUGGGUACCCAGAGAACCCUUUUUGAUUCAGAUAUCUAGAGGGCGGAGGUCAAGAGACCCUUUGAGAAUAACUAUGCCAGUCCUUUCCUCUGACAAGGAUUCCUUAGGUCGUCUAGUGUCAUAUGAUACCAAUAUCUUCACUCUUUAAAACAUGUUUGAACUUGCAGCCUGCGAAAGACAAGUCGGUCAGGCGCUGUGACCCAGCGGUGCUCCUGCUCUUUCCCCUCCCUCUGCAGAAGCGUGUAGUGUAUAGAAGUUGAGUUGUCUGGGCGUGUUCAUUGUGCUCUCAUGGCUGGAUUAACAACUGCGCCAUAUGUAGCUUUCUUCAUAUCUAUAUGGAUAGUUUCUCCGACUGUAGCAGACCAAAAAGAGGUAACAGUGAAGGCUGGACAGGAUGUCACUGUUGACUGUCUGGUCCCCAGAGAUGCUGAGAUCCUAUUGUUGAAGUGGAGCAGAUCUGACCUGAAGUCAGACGGUUACAUCUUCUUUGUCAGAGAAAACCGCCACUAUGAGAGCGCCCAGCAUCCAUCGUAUCAUGGUCGAGUGGAGCUGAGAGACCCACAGAUGAAGGCCGGAGAUGUUUCUGUUGUUCUGAAGAACGUCAACGUCAAGGACACCGGAACUUAUGAGUGUCGAGUUUCAAUGAGAAGCAGGGAGACAGCCGUCGAGUUCAGUCACUUCAUCAAGCUGACCAUCACAGAAUCAGGUCACACUGAUGGACACACCGUCACUGGUGAAUAUCAUAUACUGAUAUUUAUGCCACUGUCAGUGUUUGUUGUUUUUGUUAUUAUCAUCUGUAGAAAAUAUAUAAAGAAGAAGCUGAUUAACAGCAGCAUCUGGUAGUGACUCAGUGUCAGUUAUUUGGGUUUAGGUUAUUUCCUUUUGUUGUAAAACCCUGUGAAUGUGAAAAACUUCCAAAACAACGGAAAUCACACGGAUCAGUUUGACUGUGUGAGGAGAACAUGUUUUAAUCUUGCGUCUUAUUUGUGAAUUAAUUAAAAAUAGUUUAUAAUCAGUGGCUCACUCUUCUGCCUCACUUUAGUAGCUUGUAAUCUCCGUCAAAUUAAAAGCACCAGUGGUGUA